UAACUGGACGUCGCGCUGGGCCAACCUUGGCACAGUGUGGGCUCCGGAAGCUGUCGCCAUGAGCACGGGAUGCGCUGUCGCAGAGCUGCUGAGCGCCAGCGAGCAAGCUACGCUCGAACAGUUCCGAGAGACUGUGGCCGAUCUUUCACCGCCCUCGAGAGAAGAUUGGUACUUGCUUAAAUGGCUUCGAGCCCGGAAGUUCAACGUGGACGAUGCGAAGAAAAUGCUGCGCGAGCACAUCGCCUGGCGGAAAAAGCACCAAGUGGACACCAUUCUGGAGGAUUACAAAGUCCCUACGCUUUUCCUGAAGUAUUGUCCUGGCGGCUUUGUGGAAUGCGGUCUCGGCGGUCAGCCCGUGUACAUCACACCCGUUGGCAGUACAGACAUCAAAGGUUUGCUCGAAGCGGCACCGCGUAGCGACUUGCUACGUCACCUCAUCUACAUACUUGAGACGCAAGAGGAGCUCAAGCGACGAAUUUCACUGCAGAACGGGGGCCACCGUAUCGACACUAUGUACUUUGUGGCAGACAUGGAAGGAUUCUCUUUCUGGCAGCUUUCAUCAAUAGAAGUGGUGUCUGCGAUCACCGAGUCCGUGCGGUUAUACGAGGCCAACUACCCUGAGAUUCUUGAAGAAGCCUUUGUCAUCAAUGCCCCCAGCUUGUUUCCCGUGCUGUGGAACAUCGUCAAACCGUUGUUGUCUCAGAGGACUAUAAGCAAGAUUAACAUCUUUGGAAAGGAUGGUUGGCGAGAUGUGCUGGCCAGCCGCUUCGACGUGGAGAGACUUCCCGCUCAUUGGGGCGGACGGCUGAGGGGACCCGACGGCGAUGGACGCUGCCCGAAUCUGAUCUGUCCGGGAGGACCCGUGCCGGUGGAAUACAGAAAGAAUUGGUCUGGAACUGAAGGCACCCGGUCAUGCACCAUCGGAGCUGGAUGCUGCUGGUCGCUCCCGGUGUCUGUGAAGCAGGCUGGCUCCGAGCUGCGAUGGAAGUUUGGCACGGCGUCAGGGGACUUGACGUUCUCUGUGCGAUUCCGGCUGCCCGGAAGCGUCGUGGACGGAGGAGGGACACGUGACGUUGUGGCUGCCAAGAGGCUUCCCUCCUCCCCCGGUGCGCCACACAGCGGCAGCCUCCGUUGCCACGAGCCCGGAACUUAUGAGCUGGUGUUCGACAAUUCCUUCAGCUGGCUGACGCGCAAGGAGCUCAGCUACAGCGUGCAGCUGCUGCCUCCAGUGGCGGAGCGAGGCGAGGCCGGGGAUGGCGCAAGAGCAGUCGUCGAAUGAGGCUGUUCGGUGGCUGGCCCACCGAACACUUCACUUCACUUACAUGGUGUACUGAACUCACGUGCACACCUUUAUCGUGGAUUGAUUGAUUGGUUGAUUGAUUGAUUGAUUGAUACCUGACCAUUGGCAACUUCUCUUAUCAAACUUUGCUUGCUCACGCUUUGUUUUACGGCCGCACUAGUUAUGAGUAUUCGUGCACGUUUAUUGCUCGACUCAUGCGCGGUACAGCAGCGUUGAAUGCCACGAGGUUACAGAUGUCGCGAGCAGUUCUAGUGCAGCUUUUCGAAAGGUGUGCGCGCUCUCUCAAGGAAAUACUCACUUCACUUACAUGGCGUACUCAACUCACGUGCACACCUUUAUCGUGGAUCGAUUGAUUGAUUAAUUAAUUGAUUGAUUGAUUGAUUGAUUGAUUGAUGCCUGACCAUUGGCAACUUCUCUCAUCAAACUUUUCGUAACGUUUGGUGAUUUUCAUACGAAAAUGAAACUAUAUAAGUACAUAUAAAGAGCGAAGCAACGAAACACUUUUUAGAGUUGGUAGGAUUUGACGCGAUAUCUGUAAAUGAGAUGUGUCGCGCUAAUGAGCUCUGUUACAACACAACAAAGCGUAAAAAAAAUCCCGUAAACAAUUGCACAUUAGGCACAAGCGCGGACACACUCGCUUAUCGUGAUGAAAAUGCAACUGUGCAGAGCGAGGAUGUCGAAGUUCAGCUUCCGCGAGGUGCGGACAAUCUGCCAUCAAAGAUUACGGGAAAACACAUCUUGGAGCGCAUAGCUGUGAAUGCGGUUUCAACAAAAUAGGAUCCUCGAGAGGUGUUUAUUGCAAACGCAAGUGUCAUAUGCUGGAAAUGCUCACGCCUAAAUAAAUAAAUAAAUGAAUAAAUAAAUGAAUAAAUAAAUGAAUGAAUAAAUAAAUAAAUAAAUAAAUAAAUAAAUAAAUAAAUAAAUAAAUAAAUAAAUAAUAUGGUUGCACGUUUGUACUUCUUUUUCUUCGUACUGAUGUUCAAAGACACUGUCACAUGUGUUUUGCUGCUCUAACUUUUCUGGUAUUGGGUCUGAAAAACAUAUUCUCCAAUGAUCGUUUUUUUUAAAUAUUCUGGAAUUUGCUUGCUCACGUUUUGUUUUUACUGGUCUAGUCAUACAUCGAACACCGACGGUCUAUGCCACUUUUCUACAAUUCUGCAGCAUCUUUCCACUUCGAAAAACAGCUUGCACGCAUCAAAUAAAUCUCCAUUUACAUGACAUUCGCAAGGGAACUUGAAGAAAUAUGUCGACUUGCUGCGCCCAAGUUAUUCGCCAAAUGGUUUUGUUGACAUUGGCCAGUUCCAAUACACCCUCUUUUCAUCUGGCGUUUGUCCGUAGCGGCCGGAUGGUCUACAUCUGCUACGGAAGUCAUUAGAAUAUUAUUAAGCUACGCAGAUCAAGCGAUCACAAGCGCGUGGAGACCACCUGCUCUAUAAGGACGCCGACUGUCUCCACCACAUAGGCGCUAAAUCGAAAAUGGAUCAAUACACUGCGCUACUCACACCGCAAUGUUCAGACGACACAUCCGAGUUCCGGUUUACCCAUUUAGGCUGCAAAUAAAAACGAACUUAUUUAGCCACAAAAGCGUUCAGUGUACCUCUGGACGCAGAUGUAUUCAUAUUAUCUAAGCCAAAUAAAGUUGUCGAGGGCAAUUCUAUGGAAGACCUCGACUUCCCCGCGAAAAUGCGAUAGAUCACGCGACCACAACUACAACGAUGACGACGAAAUGAGCAUAAAGAAGGUUGCGUGGACGACUGUACAACGACGACAACUGCGAUGGAGACGACGACACACCGGCUUCGUCGCUGACCCGUGGUCGAAAACCGGGGUUUGACAAUUCAGGUUCUUCUCAUUUUGCCUAUCACUUCUGUCAAAUAAGCAUAAUAGUGAUACGCACAUGCACAUGCCAUGUCACAUGCCACGAAAGCUGAUGUCGCCCUUAUCACCGAUGAAAAAGGCCUUUGGCAAAUCUAACCAUGACCGGCCGUGGUUGCUCAGUGGCUAUGGUGUUGGGCUGCUGAGCACGAGGUCAUGGGUUGGAAUCCCGGCCACGGCGGCCGCAUUUCGAUGGGGGCGAAAUGCGAAAACACCCGUGUACUUAGAUUUAGGUGCACGUUAAAGAACCCCAGGUGGUCGAAACUUGCGGAGUCUUCCACUACGGCGUGCCUCAUAAUCAGAAAGUGGUUUUGGCACGUAAAACCCCAUAAUUUCGUUCAUUUCAAAUCUAACCAUUGGUAGUAUUGUCAGUGCCAUGCGCGCUCUCUCACUUGAUGGCUGUUUCUGUUUUCUUAGAUUCUUGUACUUAUCGCGCCUCAUAUCUUUCUAUCAAUACUCAUUGAUUAGCCAAUUUGUAUCGAUUUUCUUGAUGAACGAAGAUUGCUCGUGCUGCUGUGCGCCACUUCGUUCUGAUGCUUUCUCUUGUUCGUUUCUUCAUUCUUUCUUCCCGUUCCAUUGACUGAUUGCAAUCCUGCUUCGGUGGUUGCGUUUCGUUGUGGCGUCUGCACAGUGUGCAUGUUUGUAAAAUGUGCAAAGUUUAUUCAUGUUUAUUUGCUUGGAAAGCUCUAUCUGAGAACACAUUUGUCACUUUGUACCACUUUGUACAUUGUGCAGCUGCUACGAUCUCAACUGAGAGUGGCAGCAUUUUGAAAUAAAACGUUACAAAUUAGACAAGU